AACAGCCACUGUCCUUCGGUCCUGCGGUGUGUGUCCCACGUCUUGUUUCACGGGCCGUCCUGUAUUCCAGGUGGCCGGCAUCUUCAGUGUGGGCACCCGGCUGUGACAGCUUGUGGCUUCACAGCCGGGACCCACUGCACAUGCGCGAGUAGCACUGUGCUUCAUGAAUGGUCCUGUAGUCUUCUGGGACCUGUCAUGUGUCCCACAAGACUACAGGGAGGGAGGGAGGACACCUUCUGCUUCCGAUCACCUAGGCGAUUGGACCGGAAGUGGGAUCGGGUACCUGUCAAAUUUGAGUACCCGCUCCCCCCCCCCCGCCCCCCAAAUUGGGGGAGCAGUACUUAAAGCAGAACUUCCCCUUUUGGGUGGAGCUCCGCUUUAACAAUGCAC